CAUAAUGGUGAUGUUGUUUCAUUCUAUUAAACCGUUUCAUAAUUUUGCUAAUUACAUAUUCCAUCUCAUGAUCUCAUGUUGUCCUUGUCUUUGUUUAAAAGUUCUGCUAUAGUCAUGUGACUGGCUUCUUUAGAUAUCAAGAUUGAAGUAUGCAGUGGAAAAUUUAUUAAACACCUGAAGAUGGCUAUAAAGUUACUUUAUUAAUAUAAAGUGAAUAAAGUGAAUUAGAAUACGCCUUUUAAUUGAAAGGUAUAAGAUAACUACUUUGGAACCAACUAGGUUUUGAACAACAGAUGGAAUAUGAGUUUGUUCCAAAGCUAUAUCCAAGCUUAUAUCAGUUCAGCCAUUUGGUUAUCGCGUGUUCUUUUAUUUGUCUUACUCUCAACAAAAGAGCAUGUAUUAGCUGUAUAAUCCAGAAGGUGUAAAAUUAGCAGAUAUGAUGCAUAGUAGAGUGAUUUAAGUUCUUCUCAAAAGUUCUAUUGUUUGCAACAAGAAUAAGUUGGGCAUCCUCAACAGGUGAUGCUGGCCAGUGACGGCAUGAGGACUGGCAGAGGAGGAAGAACAGGGACUGAAGAAAGUAGUACAGCAGUCAAGUUGCUUGAAUGCUGCAAGUGCCCCUAUACUUGCAUCCAACAGGCAGAGAUGGAUAUGCAUUAUCGUACACAUCCAGAAGUGAAACCAUACUCAUGCCCACACUGUCCUUUCCGUUGCUCCCGCAGCGAUAACCUAAAGAUACACAUUCGUAUCCAUACUGGAGAGAGACCCUUUUCAUGCCCUCACUGCCCACAUCACUCUGCAACAAGUAGUGAUCUGAAGAAACACAUUCGCACUCACACUGGGGAGAAGCCGUACCUGUGUCCCUUUUGUCCAUUCCGAAGUACUCAAAGCAGUAACCUAAAGAUUCAUUUAAGAACACACAACAGUGGACAUGCGUAUAGAUAAUUUCUAUGUUUCAUUUAGUAUUUGUUAUUUCUCAAUAUUAGAGUAUUGAUUCAGUCCAUGUAAGCCUGAUUACCUGAUAUUAUAGAUAAGUAUCUCAGAGGCAGCAAGAGUUCAGGCAUCUGUAGUUCACAAGUUGCACUUUGAAUAAUUUCUGUACUUAAUCUGUACAUUGUGCCAUCUUGGUAUAUUGUACAACAGAACAUGAAGUUGUUUCCCUUUCUCUAUGCGUGACUACUGUAUUAUUGUUUUCUUUGUUGGCAUUUUGUAUCAGAUUAUAAAAAGAAAGAAAUGUUCUUUUAAGUUUUUGUUAUUUAGGACAAAUUAUAGGACUUGUUUUUUUUUUAAUUGUUUGUUAACUUGAUAUAUAUUUGUUUUCAGUCACAGAAUAUAUUUGAACCUGUAUUUAUUACUUAUGAGGAUAAUAGUAACUGACUAAUCAUAUUUUCAGUUAUAAUUUAACAAACACACAAGUAUGCACACUUUUAC